GUUGGAUGAGGCGCGGAAAGUCGGCCUGGGAGGGCGGCGCUCAUUGGUCGCGAGUGGGAGCGGACUCCUGGCAGCAGGAGGGCCUGAGCCAAGCGGCUUGGCUGGCGCCUGCUGCUGAGCCCGGUCCAGAGAGGGGAAGGAGCUCGGUCCGCUACCUGCCCUGCUAGGUGCAGCCAUGCAAGAAGGCACAUGCUUUGCUUCAUCAGGAGAUGAUGUUAAAAUAUGGGAUUCCUCAUCUCUAACUGUGGUGGAGCAGUUCAACCCCCAUAGCCCCUCACAUCCAGUCAGCUCAAUAUGUUGGUCCAGCAAUAAUAGAUACCUGGCCACUGCUUCUGCUGCUGGUGAUAAAAUAGUUAUUUCAAGCUGUAAAAGCAAACCUGUUCCACUCUAUGAAGUAGCUGAAGGAGCAAAACAAACAUGUGUGGACCUGAAUUCUAGCUUUUCAUAUGCUGUGAGUGGAGGCCUUGGUAAGACAGUGAAUAUCUGGGAUCUGACAUCCAGAAAGCUUUACCGUAGCCUUAAGGAUCACAAAGAUGAAGUCACAUGUGUUGCAUAUAAUAGGCAUGAUUGCUACAUUGCUUCAGGAUCUUUGAGUGGUGAAAUUAUCCUGUACAGUGUUACCACCAAUUUAUCAAGUACUCCUUUUGGCUAUGGCAGCUUUCAGCCUGUUCGACACUUGAAAUAUUCCUCCUUUAAGAAAUCCUUGCUGGGCAGUGUUUCUGACAGUGGCAAUGUGACUCUGUGGGAUGUAAAUAGCCAGAACCCAUACCAUAAUUUUGAGAAUGCUCAUAAAGCACCAGCUUCAGAAAUCUGUUUCUCUCCAGUCAAUAAACUGCUGCUUGUUACUGUAGGUUUGGAUAAAAGAAUUGUUCUCUAUGACACUUCAAGUAAAAAGUUACUGACAACAAUAGUAGCUGAUUUUCCUCUGACAACAGUAGACUUCAUGCCUGAUGGUACUGCUUUGACUGUAGGAUGUUCCCGGGGCAAAAUCUGCCAGUAUGACUUAAGACAGCUGACAUCACCAGUGAAAACAGUUCCUGCUCACAAAGGCUGUGUGAAGUGCAUAAGGGUUCAGCUCAGCAACACUUUUUCCAAGUCUAGCCUUACAGGUUCUUCAAAUAAACCUGCAUCCAAAAAAGUGGAAGUCAAAGCUGGUAAUAUUCUUGGAGGAACUCAGACUACUGGCAUAAAAAAUGCUGCCUGUCAGGCAACAGCAGUAUUGCCCAAUGAGAAUAAGGGGGGAGAGAUACUUCAGGAGAAAACAACAGGCUUUCCCCAUAGCUGCAGCUUGGAUGUGAUUCCUUCUCAAGAAACAGAUGAUGAGAAAAGUGCUGAUCUGAGCAAUUUUGCUGAUUUGACUCAAAAUAGUUUUGGAGAUAUAUUUUCUCCAAUCAGAUAUGAUGUCCUGGCAAGCCAUCUGAAUGAAGAUUCUCAAGUGAAAGGAGAGGGUCUGGAUUUUCAGUCCUAUGUUUUGGGUUUGGAUCUUCACCCACAGCUCCCUACUGCCUUUCCAGUGAAAAAAACACCAGUGGGCAGCAGUGCCCAAGGGUUACAAUCCAGCCCAUUAUGUGAUGUGUUUGUGGAAUCCCCAGUGAAAGAAGAGGAGCAACAUCCAGAGACUGACACUAAGAAAAUCAGUCAUGGAAAGCAAGAAUCUAAAGAAGCCUUAAAGCAGUUUGCAAAAUCAAGCUCAUCAGCUGUGGAAUCUGUAUUUUUAAAUCCUCCACCAUCAUCUGCUGCUGUAAAGGUUCCUGAUACGAGUGAGAGACUAAUGAAGAACGCUCAGGCCCAUCCUGCAUAUGACCUGCCAAUAAAUGUUACUACCUCAAGUCCAAAGAUAACAGCACCUGUGACUGCUGCAGUUGCCUGCUCAUUGUCAGAAAAAAAAGCAGAUGAUGUUGGGAGUAGCAGACCAAAUGCAUCUCUGACAUCAGUCCAAAUCAACUUCAUUCAGAAUAUGAUACAGGAAACAGUGGAUGACUUCAGGGAAGCGUGCCAUCGGGAUAUUGUGAAUUUGCAAGUGGAGAUGAUCAAGCAGUUCCAUAUACAGUUGAAUGAAAUGCAUGCUUUACGUCAUGCUUUGCUUGAAAACUACUCUGUAAAUGAAAGCUUAGUAGCUGAAAAUGAGAGACUCCGAGAAGAAAACAAAAGACUGAGGACUCACUUCUGAGAAGUUUCCACUGCUAUUUUUUCCUUACCCUGAACUCACUACAGGUGGUGUGUUGCUUAUGACAGCUCAUCCUUCCUCGCUCAAGUGUUGUAUGAAGACCUGCUCUUAGUGUGGACAUGAAUCUUCUAAAUAAAUGGUGUAAGAUAGAAUGUGUAAUUAUAGAGUUUGGAAUGGAUAAAUGCUGUAUAAAAGCAAUUGUGUGCUGGUGCUAACCACCUUGACAUGCAUCCUUCUGCUAGGAAAGCUGGAAGAGUAAGUACAUUAUCAGAGGGUUUUUAGCAAUAUGUGAAGUGCCUUUUCAUAAACAAAAUCCAACCAGAACAGAUGUCUUUUCUAGAGGGUUUUUUGAUACUCCUGCUUUUUCUAUCUGCUGAUUUCUUCUGUUGCUGUCAGAAACAAUCACUCUAGCUUGCCUUUCAGAUACUUCCCUUAGACAAAAAGGGGAGAAAAAAGCUCUUCUGCAUGAUGUGUACUCUUGUUUAAAAAGGGUUGGAAAGUACAGUGCUCAGUUAACUUUGUUCAGCUGACAACUCUUCUGUCCUGAGUAAAACCAGAGCUAGAAAAUACUCCCAAAUUCAGUGCCAUGAUCUUUCUUAUUCUGUUCCUGAGUCUGAAAUUUGUGCUUAUCUGCUGUGAACUUUUGUUUCAAAUGCUACUUCAGCUGUACAAUGAGGUCUUUGUUACAAGCUUAGCUAUGAAACCAGAGUUCUUUUUAUAUGCAAGCUGUUUGUCAUAGUCUGUCCAACAUGAAUGCAACUCCAGACUUCAAAAUGUAAGUAUAUACUCAGCCUUUAAUAAUGCAGUGUUGUGGAAGUAUUGUCUUUCUGUCUUGGAGCAUCUUUUGUGCCCCUCUCUUUUUAAGUCUUACUGGACAACACAGUUUAGCUGACUGUAGCCUGAUUGUAGCCUCUUUGAGAUAGCUGCAUACCAAAUCUAACUAGUAUCUUACUUGUGUUAUUAACAUAACAUUAAAGAGAACUCAUUACUUCAGGAGUGUAAUGGGUGUCACAUUUGACUUUGUGCUGAGCUUCCUUUCAGACCUGACUUGGCCUUUAGUUGUGC